GGAGAAGGAAAUUGGUAUUAAAAAUUAAUAAAAAAAACUGGAUCAAUAAUAGAUGUUGACAUUACCUUUACACAGUAUAUGACGGCUUCAGGAGUUUGAAACGACUCAAGUUCUUAGAUCUUGCAUUUAAUUUCUUCGACGCUAGUCUUUUACCAUGCUUGAAUACCCUAACUUCACUUACCACUUUGAAUCUUGGAAGCAAUAGUAUGGGAGAAGGUCUCACACCAGCGAAAAAAGGUUUAGACAAUUUGAAAAACUUGAAAGUAUUGGACCUACAAAAUAAUCAAAUAAGUGGAUCUCUAUCACGCCUAGGUUUAGCAAAUUUGACAAAUUUGAAAACAUUGUAUCUUUUUGAUAAUCUAGUGAGCCAAGGUUUUGCAAAUUUGACAGGUUUGGAGGUAUUGAACCUGGGUUCAAAUGGAAUAAAUGGCUCUCUAUCAAGUUUAGGUUUAGCAAAUUUGACAAAUUUGAAAACAUUGAAACUAGGUUAUAAUCAAAUCAACUAUUCUCUAGCAAGCCAAGGUUUUGCAAAUUUGAAAGGUUUGGAAAUAUUGGACCUGGGUUACAACGGAAUAAAUGGCUCUCUAUCAAGUUCAGGAAUAUGCGAGUUGAAAAAUCUUGUUGAAGUUGAUCUUGGUAAAAAUAAUUUUGAUGGUCAACUCCCUCAAUGUCUCACCAACUUGACGUACCUCAAAGUUCUCGUUCUCUCAUCAAAUCAAUUAAGUGGGUACCUGCCACCUUCUGUUGGUGAUAUGAAAUCCCUUGAAUAUUUGGAUCUUCGAGAAAACAACUUUGAGGGCUCAUUCUCAUUGAGUUCGUUCACUAACCAGUCAAAGCUUGAGGUAUUCUUACUCUCAACUCAAAACAUGUUUCAAGUAGAGACUAAAAACUGGUUCCCUGCAUUUCAAUUGAAGGUCCUCGAGUUAACCAAUUGCAAUUUAUAUGGCAUCCCGAGUUUUCUUCUAUACCAAUAUAACUUAUAUUACAUUGACCUCUCUCAUAACAAGUUGGCUGAAACAUUUCCCACUUGGUUGUUAGUUAAUAACACAAACCUGGUAGAAAUGCAUUUGGCGAACAACUCGUUCUCAGGAAUUCUUGAACUGCCCAACUUCAAACAUGAUUUGGCUAUUCUUGAUAUUUCCCGUAACAAUUUGAGUGGUCAGUUCCCCAAGAAUAUUGGUAAAUUAUUUCCAAUGUUGAAGUUGUUGAACUUGUCACACAACAAUUUUCAUGGGCAAAUAUUUCAUAAACAUAUGAACUUGCCUUUCUUGAAACGCGUGUAUUUGAACAAUAACAACUUUAGUGGAAUGAUUGGAAAGGGACUAUUAAAUUCAAUGGGUUUACUAGUCUUAGAUAUCUCCAACAACAAGAUAUCUGGUCAAAUUCCUUAUUGGAUUGGUGACAUUUUAUCUCUCCGAUUUCUUUUAAUGUCAAAAAAUCUUUUAGAAGGAAAUAUUCCCAUUCAACUGAGCAAUUUGAUACUCCUAUCCAUUUUAGACAUCUCUGAAAAUAAGUUGUCUGGACCAAUAUCAUCUUCCUUUAAUUGCUCUUCUAUCAAAGUAUUGUCCCUACAAAAGAAUGCUUUCACUGGACCAAUUCCAAAUUCAUUGUUCAAAAGCUCUGAGUUAACAAUGCUCAACUUAAGGGAUAACCAAUUUUCAGGAAGUAUACCUACUUGGAUCAACAAGCAUUCAAGUCUACAUGUACUUCUUUUGGCAGGCAAUGACCUACGACAUCAUAUUCCCAAUCAACUAUGUCGACUAAGAAAGCUCACCAUCUUAGAUCUUUCGCAUAAUAGACUUAAUGGAUCAAUACCAUCAUGCUUUACUAGUAUGAUAUCUUGGACAAGAGAAAAUUAUGUUGAUCAUGAUUCCACAAAUGCUUUCAAAGUACUUGAUCUUUCUUCGCUUGUUGGUUAUCCCAAAAAAAUUGCUUUGUACAAUUCCACUUUGUCGUUGAGAUUUGGUGUUCUUGAUUUUUUAUCAUUUAAACAAUUCGAUGUGGAGUUUUUAACAAAGAAUAGGUAUGAUUUUUAUAAGGGUGACAUUCUUAAUUUUAUGACUGGAUUGGAUUUGUCAAACAAUGACUUAACUGGAGAUAUCCCGUCAGAAAUUGGAGACCUUUAAGGAAUCAAGGCACUGAAUCUGUCUAAUAAUUUGUUGUCAAGAUCUAUACCAAAGAGUUUUUCCAACCUUAAAAAUGUUGAGAGCAUGGAUCUUUCCCACAAUAAAUUAAGUGGUGAAAUUCCAUCUGAAUUGAUGGAGCUAUACUUCUUAGGGACCUUCAAUGUCUCAUACAACAACUUGUGUGGCCCAAUCCCUAAUAAUUGGCAGUUUGGGACUUUUGAUGGAAGCUCAUAUGUCGGUAAUCCUUGUCUUUGCGGUCCAAUAAUUAAUAAGAGCUGCACUAAUGCGCCGAUACUACCCUCAUCACCAUCUAAUGGAGAAGAAGGAGAAGAAUCCGCAGUUGACCUGGUGGCAUUUUACUGGAGUUUUGGUGGAUCAUAUUGCGUGGUCAUAUUGGGGUUAUUGGUCAUCCUUUUGAUCAAUCCACAUUGGCGUAUGGCAUGGUUUUAUUUUGUUGACAAGUGCAUUGAUAUGUGUUUCUAUUGGUUUUCGAAAUAUAUAUCCUGCUAGGCUGUAAUACAGUAACAGACUUGUUCGUGCGUAUCUUGAAUAAUGUUUUUCCUUUCGUUGUAUUUUGGU